CUUCCUGCUCUGACUGACGGGGAACGGGGAAAAAGAGAACUGCGACAGCACGGCACCUGCCAGAUUUUGUCGGGGUGCUUCCGAUCUGAGGAGCUAGGAGCUAUCGACCCUGCCCUUAAAACGAAGCGGAAAGGGCAGACAGCUCGAUGGCUGUGUGACACGAGUCUCGUUAAACACACUAACCAACCAAUGGCUGUGUUUCUGGCGUUUGGUUUGGGCAUCAGCUACCUCAACUUCCCUCAGACGCCAGCCAUCAUCUACGGCAGGGUGGAUGGCGAGGUCAAGACGGCGGCGUCGGAGCUGUCGAGGAGGCUGACCGGAUCUGGCAAGGACUUCUCGCCCUACGCCACCCACCGAGUGGCGGCUGUGGUGGUGAGCGACAAGACCAAUCCGCUGGGGCGGCCGCGCAAGUACAACACUGAUGGCGGAUGGAUGUUCGGCAAGCACUACUGACUGAUGGAGGGAUGGAGGGUGGUGGUGGUGGUGCUACGCUGAUGGCGGAG